CAAAGCUUGGAAGCAAACCCCAUUAUCCUUGGCAGACUGAUACCGGUAGCACAAUACCAAAAUGGCUUUUGGAUUCAUCAUGCACAUUCACCAUGUGCUGAUAGGAUCAAUCUUGUGUCUGUUGCUUGAUGUGACGUCCGUGGCAGGAGAAGACUACUAUCUUCGUGGCAACUACGUCCGAGAGUACAACAACCAGGGAUCCUAUGGCGCUCACGGAACCUACGGCUCCAGUUCCCAAUAUGCUUCCUAUGGCCGCUACGAUCCGUAUCAGAGUUAUCAGAGUUUCAUGAGCCAGUACUGGGACAAGGACAGGAACCAGAAUAGCAAUUACAUGUACUACGCUCACUACGGAGACAAUGCCGGAAGCACCAUGGCACCAGAGGACUAUGAACAGGAUGACGAUGGUGCACAGUACAUGUAUAACUCUAAUCGUUAUGGGCAGAAUAAGUACAACCAGCAGAGCAGUCAGAACAAUCAAAAUGGAUAUAACCAGUACAGCCAGAAUUACAAGCAGAAUGGUCAGAACCAGCAGAAUGGUCAGAAUCAAAACAACAAGCAGAAUGGUCAGAACCAGUACAGUAACCAGAAUAGUCAGAACCAGCAAAAUGGACAGUAUAGCCAACAGAAUGGGCAGAAUGGGCAAGAUGAGGAUGAGUACGAGUAUGUCCAGACUCAGGAUUGGUGGGAGAAUCAGAAUGGAAAUCCAUACUAUUGGAAGUAUCUGCAGAACCAGCAGUAUUCCAACGAGCAGAAUAGUAAUCGGUGGUACGGUAGUAAGGAGUAUGCUAAUUCGGAGUACGGGUACCAACAAUGGCAAGCACAGCAACAGCAGCAGCAGCAGUCGCAACAGCAACAGCAGGAACAACAGGACGGAGAGCAGCAGGGGGACGGAGGGGAUCAGGAUUACCAGGAUUACAACGAACAGCAGCAGCAGUACUAUGAACAGCAGCAGGAACAGCUGCAGAACUGGCGGAGUCAGUAUAAUGAGUAUUACCAGCAGUACCAACAGCAGGAUGACAUUGAUGAUGACCAGGCAGCGUAUAAUGCGCAGGCACAGGCAGCAGCUGAUGAAACGCAGCAGGAAAAGUCGUAUCAGUAUUACCAGCAGUACGCUGGGCAGUACUACGAUAACAAACAGCAGCAACAGCAGGAUGGAGAUCAGUAUCCAUGGAGUCAGUACUACCAGCAGUACGCCAACCAGCUAAACCAACAGGGUGGGAACUGGCAGCAGUAUGACAGCGAGGAACAGCAGUCACCGUAUGACUACAAAUACCCCGAGUAUGGUACGGAAGAGUACUACGACCUACAGAAUCAGGAGCAGGGGUGGUGGGGUGAGUCCUUUUGGGAUCAUCCAUUCAAGUACUAUUGGUACAAUCUGGCAGGAGGACAAGAUGACGAUCUUGUCGAUGACGAUGAAAUCGAUUACGAGGAAUACAUGGAAGAAGCGUUCAACAACAACAACACGAACAGCUUUUUCAACAACAGCUUUUUCAAUUACUGGGCGAACUUUUGGAGGUCAGGUAACAGCUGGUCCGACAACUACAACGUUGAUUACAACGACUAUUACGCAAGCACGAACAAAAAACCAAUCCGAUUCAUCUACGAGGGAGCCGGUGCUAGUUGUUCCGGUGGAUACAACUUAUCCCUGAUACAACUUUUCACCAGCUGUGAAGACCAAGUUUGCACCUUUGGAGAUUCAAUGGAGUUCUACGGUUCGUUCAACACCUCAAAGUAUUUUCCGCAGAAUGCAAUCUGGACUGUCGUCACGAACAUGUGCAAGUUCUACGGAGGGAAGUGUGUCCAAAUGGGCGGGGCCGCCACACUCGACAUGACACAGUAUCUCGAAGGCGACUACCCGUUUCCUGGGGCCUACAGUUUCUAUGCUAAGACCGACUUCCAAGGUCUCGACUUGAGCAGAUAUUUCCAGUACAACGGACAUGACGGAGGCACGUAUGGUUACAUGGAUAGUCAAAAUCAAUACCAAGACUACCAGAACGGACAGCAGCAAUUUUAUCAAAACGCUUAUGCACAAGAACAAGAAAACAAUCCAGACUACGAGCAAGGAAAUCAACAGUACCAGUACGGCGGAAACCAAGGCCAGGGCCAGGGCCAGUACAGUGGGUACCAAGGCCAGGGCCAGUACGGCGGAAACCAAGGCCAGGGUCAGUACCAACAGGGCCAGUACUACAGCCAACAAGGUCAGCAGGGCCAGAACGGCGGAUACCAGGGCCAGUACAACGGGUACCGGAACCAGGGCCAAGGCCAACAGCAGGGUCAACAAGGGCAACAGGGUCAGCAAGCUCAGUACGGACAGGGCCAGUACCAACAAGGACAGCAAAGCCAAUACCAACAAGGGCGUCAAUACAACUAUCCCCAGUACUACUAUCCCCAGUACUACCAAGACUAUCAGCAGAACCCGUACUCCUAUGACCAAUACAACCGGCCAUACAAGCGCUACCAGUACACCGAUCAGGAGAAUUGGGACCAAUGGCUGCAGCAGCAGGGACAGGAAGAACAGGAAGAACAGGGAGGUGACGAUGAUUUUGAGCAGGGACGGUGGUGGUGGCAGAAAGACUUCCAUUGGUGGUGGCAAAACCCAGAGGAACAGGAAGGAGGAGGGCAGCAAAACCAGCAAUGGAAGCAAAGCGAGGAUUGGCAGCAAUACCAGCAAUGGCAACAACAGCAACAAGGCUGGACCGAAGAUGAUGAUGAUUACUUUCAGAACAACCAGUAUUCGAUUGGCUACUGGCAGGACAGGUAUGGCGGAACCUGGGACGGUCGCUACAACAACAGACAGGACUACAACCAAGACCAGGCAUACAAAAGAAACUACAAUAGUCAAAUGCGGCAGUACCAAUACCAGCAGAAGAAGGACGGAUCAUACCAGGAAGACCAGCAAGACCAAGAACAAGCGCAGCAGAACCAAGAUCAAGCGCAAUACUACGCGGACGACUAUGUCCCGUACUACAAAAAGAGCCAGUCCUUCGCGAACAAGUACUUCUAUCGGGACUGGUCGGAAUGGUACCAGAAUCAGCCAUCAGAAACAGACCUGUACUACGAAUGGUUAGACCAACAGUUUCAACAAAUGCAGCAAGAGGAAAUGGAUGCAAUUUACGCCGAGAUGUACCAGUACGCGGAAGAAGAAGACGAAGAUCAAGUUGCGGAGGAAGAAUUCGACGAUGAUGAUGACUAUUUUGAUGAGGAGAAUUACGAUUCUGAGGAAUACAUGUUCAAUCAAACUCCAUACAACGAAACUAUAGAAAGGCUCAAGUACAACAUGACCGAUAGGAAGUGGUGGCAAUGGUGGCAGCCCCAAAAAUCGCGGCAGUACUAUCUAGGAAACGCCGAUGACGAAGAGGGGGAGGACGAAGAUAGCCCCCAACGAAGAAGCUGGUGGCAGUGGUGGCUGUGGGGUGAAAAAGGCGCCGAAGACUCGGGUCAGGGAGAUGACUUGUAUCGGUAUAACCCCUCUCGAUAUCCAACGAACCUUUCUCGACAACAAUAUCGAUACAGAAACCAAGACUACUACGACGAGCUUGAAGAAGAAGUCGAAGAAGAAAACGCUGAGGAACAAGACGAGGACUACCAGGGAUACUCUGCAAACGAGGAUGAAUAUGGCGAAGAAGGAAGCUACCGGUAUCAACGAGACUCACAAAGCUAUGGACAGUGGGAGAACGACUUGUGGGAAUACUCAUUUGGGCAGCGACACGGCAACUUGUCCAACUGGUAUUUCAACGACGACUUUUACUUGCAACCAUACGCCGAGCGAUUCCAUCAACGAUUCUAUACGCUCAACGAAUUCGUAGCUAACUCCACUCGGGUCGUCGCUCGUUUCAAGUUCCUUCCUCUGGAUAAGCAAGACCAACGCUCCUAUCCUGCGAUGACAUGUGACGUCCCUCUAAGAGUUGUUGGGGAAAGCUUCAGCAUUGACGCCUACAAGAGAUCUUCCAAGUACAAAUACCGCUACCGUAACAGAUACCAGAAUCGAUACCAAAAUCGAUACCAGAAUUAUGAACAGACGGCGGCCGCGACUUUCGGAGUCGUUGGAGCCGGACUCUCUCUGUGGUGGUUGAGGAAGAGAAAGCUUGCCUGUGGCGCUGGAUGCAGUGCCGAGAACGAGGACGACGACUCAAUUGGAGAGGAACCCACCACCGAUUUUGUCCUGGCGACACGCUCGGACAGUAUGAUGAAAUCCGCUGCUUCCUUUGGUUCGGUAGUUUUACUUUGA